AUGCUUGGCCCAGAUCAUGAUCUCGGAGACAUCGAGUCUCCUCUUCAUGCCGCUGCUCGUGCUGGUAACCUGCAAAUCGUCGAGUACCUUGUGCACACACUUCAAGUCGAUGUUACGAUGCAUCGUCGAUAUUGGAACAAUCCGAUUCACGCUGCUGUAGAGGGACGUAACAUAGAGGUUGUUCAGCUCCUACUUAGCCAUCCCCAGGUGGAUGCCGGCGCCAUGACCGCUGGAGAACAAACGGCAUUGCAUAUAGCAAUUGAAGGUGGAAACCUGGAGAUAGUUGAGCUUCUGCUGGCCCGCGAAGAUGUUGACCCAACUUCCGGCUACGCGGAGCUGGGCUUACUGACGGACCUCAGACCAUUUCACCUGGCCGCUUUGCAUGGCGACAUCAAGAUUCUCCAAGCAUUGAUGGCGCAUCCGAAAAUCAGCGUAGGUAUGAAGGACGGUUUUGGCAGGACUGCCUUACAUUACGCUGCCCUUGGAGUCGCGGAGAACCUCAUUAAAAGCGACGACGUUUUCCAUUUCUUGCUUGAGCAGCCUGGAAUCUCGCUCAUGGACGAAGAUUCGGACGGAUUCAAUGUCUUGCAUUUUCUGAGCGUGCCGUGUCAUAAUCAAAGCGAAGAGGACUUUCAUGUGGCACGCUCUCUGAUGAAUUUAUGCAUCGCCAAGGGUGUUCCUGUGGACAAGACUUCGCCGUGGGGCACUGCUUUUCACAUUGCGGUCCAUGGAUCUCUUGGUAUUCUGCGAAACGCGGCACACUUAUUAUCUUGCGGAGCCGAUCCAUCAAUUAUUCCAACACCUUUUGUCAGCGUGACGCCACUACACCACUGCCUUGCUCACGCAGCGCCUCCGAGGCUGGAGAACGAACAACUACAAGUGCUCUUCGCACUGAUUGAAGCAGGCGUCGAUCUGGAGCAAUUUUCUGACUAUGAGGAUGAGCUGAAUCCUCUGGAGGUUCCGGCUUGGGAGUUCGACACGUCGAUUCCCCCUAUCCAAGGUUCGGCGCUAGCAUAUGCCGUUCUAUGUGCUAGAAGCGUGAAGUGCGCAGAGGUGCUGCUGGAAGCCGGUGCCGAUGUUACACGCCUGGCGUACGCGGGAACCCCUUUCCGCGAGACUCACGAGUUCCACCUUGAGGACGACGCAGCGAGUCUUGUUGGGUUUUUACUUCGGACCGUUUGCCCAGGGGGACACUUCAAAGACGAGCUGUUGACCGACUGGGUUAAAGAAAUGCUCAAGCUUUUGCUACGGUAUGGUGCUCAGAUUGAUGACGCAAUCUCAUUUCGAUGGUGCCCAAUUUGGAUUGCGGUUGACGCUGCCGUACAAGACGAAUUUGGACUAUUGAACUUUUUACUAGAGAAUUCGACGAAUUCGAAUUGCCAAAAACAUUUCCUGAAGCAAGUAGUUCGAUCAGCCAAGCUAGAUGCCAAACCGUCAGUCACAGCGCUUGUGCAGGCCCUCCAGGAUUUCUUGAGAAAAUUUUGGCCAGACUGGGAGGAAGAGAGCGAGGGGGAAUCAGUGGGACAUGAAUUAAGUCCGGGAUUUGGAUCGGAUGGUUGGGACUUUGAAGAUGACAUGUAUCAACACGUUGGAGGUAUUAUGCUACAGUGGAUGGCUGACCAUGGGCCGCUCGCGGCUGAUGAAGCGAUAUGGGAUGACGAUAGUAUGUCGGAUGAUCUGGACCUGGAAGAUGAUAUGGAAUUGGAGGAAGAUGACCUGGAUUUGGAAGAAGACCUGGCUGUUGAAUCUUGA